CCAACCGCUCAUCCGCUCGCACUAUUUAUAUAAACUGCGCCUUCCUCCGGCAUGUAAAUAUCAGUCUAAAGGGCUCCUUUCCCUCCACUCUUGUGUGCACAAUGAGCUGUCCAAAUUGCUUCAAAGGCGAGAUUUUGGCUGGCGAACCAACAGGAACGAUAUCCAUCCAGGGUGCUUACUACGCGCAAAGUGCCGAACCCUCGACGCGUGCUGUGAUAUUGUUCACGGAUAUCUUUGGUCUUCGGUUGAAAAACAGCAAGAUUCUUGCGGACUUCUUUGCUGAACAGCUGAAAUGCGAUGUAUGGGUUCCGGAUCUCUUCGACGGCAAGCCUCCUGUUGAGGUGCAUGAAAUGAAAGUCCCAGAACGUAUUGGAGAGAAAAUAGGAUUCUUUGGAUAUCUCUCAUUUAUCUGGCUCGCGUUGAGACGUCUGCCGCUAAUUAUUCAUAGCUGGCCAAGUGUAGUGGAUCGGAGGGUGACCACGUUCAUAGAAAGACUGAAGGCGGAGAAAAAGUAUGAAAAGUUAGGCGCCGUCGGAUAUUGUUUCGGAGGAAACGCUGCUGUGAGGUUUGGAGGCACGAGCCUCAUCGAUACCAUUGUUGUCUGUCAUCCCGGUAAAGUGCCCAUUGGACAGCUUAAGGCUAUCAAGGUACCUUCGUCGUGGGCUUGUGCUGAAGAGGAUAUGUCCUUCACACCUGAUGCGCGCGCUGCUGCCGAGGCAGAACUUGCGGGAAGAAGGGGUAAAGAUAAUUAUGUAGAAUAUGAGUUCAUUGAGCACAAGGGGACCACUCAUGGAUUUGCAGCUCGCCCAAACCUGGCCUACCCAGAGGUUAAGGCAGGUUUUGAAGCUGCUUUGCAACAGACUGUUGAAUGGUUCAAGAAGACGUUACUGGAUUAAUAACUCCAGUAUCAAGCCUACAUAUACCAUGUCUCAUACACGACAUUUUCUUUGCUUUAACAUAAUGUGAUUAUAUUCAGCCAAGUUUGACAGAGAAUAUUUCCGGAUUUUAUCUUCGUACGAAAUACUUGUAUGUUUAUUCUGAAUACGCCCUCUUACGCCCUCGCAAAUCGCGAUCAUGGUCCGAGCGUGAACAUGUACACGUGAUCGUUAAGCUAAUUAGGUCACCCCUAAACAA